GUUUGGUAGUUGGUACGGUCAAUCGGUACAGGUAAGGAACUUUUCUUUUGCCAUUUGGGGAAAUCGAAUCAAAAAUCAAUUUCAUCGUCUUCUCUAUCUGUCAUUCAUCAUCAUCACAAUCAUCAUCAUCAAAUCUCAGGAUCUUCGAGGUGGUUCUUCUGUUUCGCAACUAGCUUCUAGAUUGUGAUUUACAAUCUUCGAACUCUCGGUGAGUUUCUAGGUUUAGGGUUUUAUCUCUCUUUACACGACAAUUGUUAUGGCCAAUCGAGAAAGAGAUCGAGAGCUUCUGAUUCCCGUCGCUGAUUUCGGCGACAAAGACGAUGGUUCUUCUUCGAAGCCUUCUUCUUCUUCCUCUGCUUCUUCUUCGCAUCAAUCCGGCCACGAGACUUUAAGCUUGUUCAUUAGGGGUUGGGCGUCAAAGAAGUUCAUGACAGGCUGUGUUAUCCUACUUCCUAUUGCAGUUACUUUCUAUACAACAUGGUGGUUUAUUCACUUUGUCGAUGGAUUCUUCUCUCCAAUAUAUGCACUACUUGGAAUCAACAUAUUUGGUUUCGGUUUUUUGACUUCCAUUGCAUUCAUCUUCUUGGUUGGGGUGUUCAUGUCUUCGUGGUUGGGGGCAUCGGUUCUGAACUUGGGAGAGUGGUUUAUCAAGCGGAUGCCAUUUGUUCGUCACAUCUACAACGCCUCCAAGCAAAUCAGCACUGCCAUAUCGCCUGAUCAAAAUACACAAGCUUUCAAGGAAGUUGCAAUCAUCAGGCAUCCCCGUGUAGGUGAAUAUGCAUUUGGCUUCAUUACAUCAACUGUUGUUCUCCAGAACUACCCAACCGAGGAGGAACUUUGCUGUGUAUACGUUCCCACGAACCACCUUUACAUUGGAGAUAUACUACUUGUCAACAGUAAUGACGUUAUCAGGCCAAACCUCUCUGUCCGGGAAGGAAUUGAGAUUGUUGUUUCCGGGGGAAUGUCAAUGCCGCAGAUUCUAUCGACUCUUGAUAAACCUUUGGCCUCGAUUGGAAAUGAAUCUUAAAGUGACUAUUCAAAAACCUUUGGCCGAUCGAUAGGAAAAAAUAAAAAAUCAGAAGAGACGUUUCACAAAAUCUGAGCGAAUAGAGAAACCAAAAAACACAGAAAAAUUUGUCGAGAAGUGUAAUUUGUCAAUAUUAUUUGAAUAACCUUGUUUUCUUUUAGCCCUUUUAAAAAUAAUUUUUUUUCUUUUCUUAUAGAUUAUAAUUUGUAUCCGCGUCCUUGUGUCUUUCAUAUUACUGUCGCAUUGACUUUAUAACAAAAAGAUAAUCAAAGAUAAUCCCACCCUAAUAAUAAUCACAUGACAAAUGGCAAUAUCGUUUUA